GUUUACAUUUAUAUUUUUAUAUUUAGACAACUCGCAGCAUAAUUAAAGUAAGUACGAUAUAUUAGUAAAUACGCUUUAUUUGUUUAAUUUGCCAUGUAACUACUAAAAACAACAAGUAGGUGACAUUGAAUAUUAGGCCAUAUUGAGCAUAUUUCCUUUACUUCUAAUUUUACCUGAGAUUUUUUGUGCGUAUUGCAAAUAAAUUAAAGUUUGUUUCUUUUUUAAACAAAUUGCAGGUUAGAAUGUUUUACUGCAACUUCUGCAAUUUUGGAACUCCAUAUUUAAAAAAACACUUAGACCAUCAUAUUUAUCAUAGAAACAUUACUUAUUUUUAUUAUUGUGGCUAUGACAGAUGUAAGAAAUGCUUCCAAAGUGGUACAUAUUUAAGAGCACACUUACGUCGAACCCAUGGAUUACACUCAAAGAAGCAUGAAACAUUUCUGUCUAUAGCUUUUUCUGCUGAUGAAAGAGGGAAAUUUGUAUGUACAAUCAACAUUUGCAAGAAAAAAUUUGAUAACUUUCAUCUUCUUAUAAAACAUUUGAAAAAGCACAUUAAUAAAAAUCAACAAAUCCAAUGUCCGUUUCGAAAUUGCAAAAGAAGGUAUUUUGUGUUAUCUUCUUUUACCAGUCACAUAUCAAAAAUCCAUAAAAAUCGUUAUGAUCAAGCAGAAAUAGUUACUGUUGAAAAUCCUGUUGUUGAAUCUGAAGAGUCAUUAAACAACACACUGCUUGAAAUUGAUGACCAACCCAAUAUGAUAGUGCAACAUGAACCUUAUAAUGCCCAAUACGAUGCUGAUGAAUCAGAUUUAUUUCUAAAAAAUGUUGGUCAAUUUUACUUAAAACUAGAAAGUAAGUUAUUACUUCCAGCAUCAACAAUUCAGUAUAUAGUUAAUGAAAUAAAUUACAUUCAUGAGAAAGGACAAGAAAUCGUUCAACAAAAAUUACAAGAAUCUUUUUUGGCUGAAAAAAUUUCAUCUGAUAAAAUAAAUCAAAUUAUGAAAAACGUUUUCAAAAGUGAUCCUUGGAUUAAAAGUAAUAACAUCUUUCAAACAGAUUAUAAUAUUUAUAUAAAAAUUUUUUUAAAAAAGAGUUUGAUUACGUCGAUCCAAUCUUUAUUGAAAUCGAUAAAGUAACGAAAAAGUAUUUUGCUUACGUGCCUGUGCAAGAAACGUUAAAAAAUUUUUUCAAGGAUAAAUCGUUGCAAAAUGUAAUUGAUCUUAGAUUGCAACCCCAACACGAUGAAUUUUUACAAGAUUUUACAGAUGGAAAAGUUUUUAAAAGCAACUUGUUUUUCAAAGAUAAUCCAGAAGCUUUACAAAUAACUCUUCACCAAGAUGCAUUUGAAGUCGUUAACCCAAUAGGUUCAGCAAAGAAAAAACAUAAAUUAUUGGCCAUUUAUAUGAGUUUGGGUAACAUACCAGACAACUUUCGUAGUCACAUUAACUGCAUUAAACUUGUUGCUCUAUGUAAAGAAGCAGAUUUUAAUCAUAAAAGUGUUUAUGGAAAAAUAGUAGAGGAUUUAAAAAUUAUUGAAGCAACAGGAAUUGAAAUUGAUAGUAAAUUUAUUAAAGGCUGUCUUGUUUUUAUCACUGGCGACAAUUUAGGCAGUCACGGAUUGGGAGGUUUUGUUGAAAAUUUCAGUACAGCACAAUAUUUUUGCAGAUUUUGUCAUGUAACAAGAGAACAAUUUUAUUCUGCUAAUGGUUCAUGUAAAAUAUACGAAUCAAGGAACAUUGAAUCAUACAAUAAUGCUUUAGACAAGAUUGGAAAUAAAAAUGAUUUUCAAGGUAUCAAAUUCAAUUCAGUUUUCAAUCAAUUAAAAAAUUAUCAUGUCUGUGUACCAGGGUUACCUCCAUGUUUAGGACAUGAUUUAUUUGAAGGAAUUGUAGCCUUUGAUUUGCAAUUAUAUAUUGCUUAUUUGAUUGAUAAUAAGUGGUUUACUUUAAAACAAUUAAACAAGAGAAUUGAGAACUUUAAGUAUUCGACAGAAGAUCGACAAGAUAAACCCUGUACAAUAAGUGCUAUGAACAAGAGAAUAUCUGGAGGUGCUUGCCAAAUUUGGAACUUUCUUAGACUUUUGCCUCUUUUAAUUGAAGACAAAAUCGAAACAAUUGAUGAUGAAGUGUGGGUUUGCAUACUUCUACUCAGUGAAAUAGUUGAAAUCAUUUGUUCUCCAAUAAUUCAUAAAUCUUGUUUACCUUAUUUACAAUUAAUUAUUUCUCAGUACAUUUUAACAAGAAAAUUGUUAUUUCCUCAAAUUAAGUUGCGUCCAAAGCAUCAUUACCUGAUUCAUUAUCCUGAACUCAUUUUGCAGUUUGGCCCUCUAAUGAAAGUGUGGACUAUGCGUUUUGAAAGCAAGCAUCGUUUUUUUAAAAGAGCCAUUCGAUACACCCUUAAUUUUAUAAAUGUACCAAAAUCUCUCAGCAUAAAACAUGAACUUUUACAGAGUCUUGUACGAUUAGGUACAGAUAUUAGAAUCCAAACAGAAUUCUAUGAAGUUAGUAACUUUUACAUCGAAUUGUACAACAAAGAUAUACAAAAAGCUAUACAGAAUGCUAAGUUACCUCAACUGAUCCAGCAAUGCAGCAGAGUUGUUGUGAAAGAUCGCAAAAUGCCAUUAUUCAAAGUAGAAUCACCUAUUCACAAAAGAAUCAUGAUAAAAGCAAAUAGUAUAUCCGAAAUAAUUGAAAUUGCAAUAAAAAAAUUAAAACUUCCUGAAGACAAUACUUACAAGUUACUUUUACAAAACGAUGGAACAGAGAUAGAUGAUAAUGAUGUGCUACUGGAAUAUGCAGAACAAUCUAAAGAUAUGAUUGUUUUAACGAUUUUAGGUAUAAACAUGUCUUCGGACUAUGAUAAAAAAAAUGAAGAUAACCAAAUUGUUUUAAAUGAAUCUAGUUCGACAAUGCAGAGAAAUGACAUUUCAGAUUCUAGUUCUAUCAGUACAUGUUCUGAAGCAUUAAGUUCAUCAAAUAGAUCAAGUACAAAAGUAAAAUCAAUAAAUCUAGAAGACGGAGUAUGGAGUAAAUUAUCGGAAAGAAUAGUUGCUGCUUGCGUAAGAGGAGAUAAACUGUGUUUUUCCGACAGAAAAGCAGUUAUUCAGAAAAUCGUAGAAUAUAUGAUUGAUACUCUCAAAAACACGACAAGAAGUAAAGCACAUGAAAUUGCGACAAUUCUCUGCAAUACUUAUCCGAAAACUUUUGCUGAUACAAUUGGUAACGAUGAAAUGUGGGGAAGUGGCUUAGAAACCGUACGGCUUGAAAUUUAUAACGCCUGUCUUUAUAAGAUUAAUUCAAAAAAACGUAAAUCGUUUUCGAAAGCUACGAAUUAUGACAGUGACGAUGCGGAGCAAGAAGAACGUCAGCAGCAAGCUACAUCACGACGUCAAGACGAGUAUGGCUGCGUUGAAAUGACGUUGAUGAUGCUGAUGUAAUAAAUGCUGCUGACACUGAGUAUCCUGUGCUUAUCAUCAGAGGAAAAUCAUUAUACGACGAGAAUGCAAAAUGUACUGUCAUUAUUGGUAAAAAAGUUUCAAUUACUUCCACGAAUUCUCUGGAAGGAAUCUUGAUAACUUUUCUCGCAUACUACGUUUAUGGAUUUUGCUAUUUACCUAAAAUUGAAAAAUCUCUAGAAUUUAUACAAAGGUAACUACGAUUUAUUAUAAUUUCUAUAUAAAUGUAUAUAACGUAAGUAUAUCCUAUAUAGCUUAAUACUCAAUAUGGCCUA